AUGGUUUAUACUCGUGCAAUUAUUCCUGACGAUUUUGAGGUAACAAUUAUUUAUUUUAUUUUCUUCAUAUAAAAUCAAAUUAUUUUUCAGCUCCCAGUUGCCGCUUUCGAUAUUCCACAAUGUUAUAAUGGUGAUUUAUCGGCUGUCGUAAUUCCGGAAGGUUUGGUAAAAGAUCGUGUAAGACGAUUGGCGAAAGAUAUUCAUGCACAAAUAGGAGAUCAACCAUUGGCUCUUCUUUGUGUUUUGAAAGGAUCUUACAAAUUCUUCACUGCUUUGGUAAUUCAGAAAAUUAUUUUUAUCUUUUUGGAAAACCAAAAAUAUUUGUAUUUAGGUUGAUGAAAUGACAAAUGCAAGAUCAUCUUGUCCAGAACCAAUGACUGUUGAUUUUAUUCGAGUUAAAAGUUAUGAAGAUCAAUCAUCGACUGGUCAGGUAAAUUAUUAUAAUUGGAUUAUUUUUCAGUUUUUUACCACUUGUUUUUUUUCAGAUUCAUAUAAUGGGAUUAUCAAAUCUAGACGAAUUGAAAGGCAAAAAUGUUUUAGUUGUUGAUGAUAUUUCGGAUACCGGAAGAACUUUGGCAAAAUUAUUGUCAACUUUGGAUGAAAUCGGUGUUAAACAAACUUGGACUGCUUUGCUUUUGUCGAAAAGAGUUAAAAGAGAUGUUGAUGUUCGCGAAGAUUUUGUCGCUUUCGAAAUUCCUGACAAAGUAAAUUGAUCUUUCUAUUUAUUAAGUUCCAUUUAUUUUUUUCAGUUCAUCGUUGGUUACGGUCUCGAUUACAAUCAAAAGUUCCGCGAUCUCGGACAUAUUUGCGUCAUGAGCCCAGCUGGAAUUCAAAAAUACAAACUUUCUUAA